CGCCGUGCUCUGUGUUUAGCACCACAGUUUCCUUCUGUCCAUCUUCAUGGUCUGCUCCUAGACAUGUCCACAAAAUGGCAGCGACUAUGUCCUGCGAAUCAGAGCGAUUUGCCCCCGCUUCUCUUCAAGUAUCACUUGACGUCAGACGGCUACGAGCUGUACAUGACUGAUCUGACCAACGUUUGGUCUGAGCAUCUAUCCCGCCAUCAAAUUCUGACGCGAGCCGAUGAAAGUGCGGCUACUAUCGACCCAAGCGAAGAUGCAGAGCAGUAUCAGAUGCUAUUGCAAAAGAUCGGCGAUGCGUUUCACAACGAAAAGGACACCCACGUGACCCUGGAUCAUAAAUCGCCAGGAACUGAUACCUUGAGACUAACCACAUCGACGAAACUCCCUGGACCACUGAGACCACUAGAAUGGACUCUUUUUCUCGAGAAGGAACCCCAGUCUUUGUUGGCGCAGUAUAUGCUCUUUCCGUUGAUCAAAGCGGAAGCGGGCUGGGAGUCCCGACAACAGAAUCUCAUGGAUCAACUGAAGCGGAAAGAUUGGAUCCUUGGUAAACUGUUUGACAAGCUUGAGUCCGUGGGCGUUGACCUCAGCACUAUCUUCCCGGGAGUGUCUGGUUUGCGAACGGUUCGAAAGGGUGCGACGCUGUCACAGGCCGCCAAACACAUCAGAGGCGUCGCACCUUUUGACGAGCAUGCCUGGCUCGAUGAACAAAACCAGUCAUCUUCAGACACAAAUCUCGCAGCCAACCUACUGGCGGAGCUGUUUCCUACCUCUGAGGCUACGGCACAACCAGAAUCACCUCAUCCGCCUCCAGACGGAUGGUGGCACGGACUAUCUGCGGCCAGCACUACGGCACUCCCUCAGCGUGACGAUGUCAAAGGAAUCGAAGAGCCCGAACCUCCUCAGGAUGGCGGAAUGACAGAUACUGCCUCUGGUAUUGAUACAGAUGAUGAAUUUGAACGACAAGAGACGCCUCCGAGAUUCAAACGUUCCAAAGACACCAAGGACAAGUCACCCGACGCCAGAAAGUUGCAAGCGCCAGAGCAAGAUUUGAAAGCAUCUCCGAGUCCUUCUCCACGCAAACCUCCAACCAAAAGAUCAACGGGUCUUGGGAAAAUUGGAGGACCAAAGCCAGCGCUGACGCAGGCAGCAAGGUCCUCGCCUUCACCAGACCAUGAGCCGACGAUAACAUCUGAACCGACACGUACAUCGCCUACUAAUAACGAUGAAACGGACUCCGGCUCUGAUUCAGAUCUAGACGGAGGAAGACCAGCACCAAGCAAACCGACCCCUCAACCUCAAACUACUUCACCAGCCAAACCGCGAGCGCUUGGGCUUGGCCGCAUUGGCGGACAGAGAAGGCAGGAACAGAAACAGGAAUCCCCCAAACAUUCACCUUCAGGAACCGCGACCCCAGAAGACGACGACGCCAAAAACUCCCACGUUCAAUCUCAAGAAAAGCCCUCCGCCAAACCACGAGGCCUAGGAACCAUCGGCGGUAAAAAGAAGGAACCUCCAGCUCCGCCGGCCAAAUCUCCAGAGCCGCAGCAAAGCACCGACUCCUCGCCCUCUCCUCCAAGCACGAAACCGAAACCAAAGCCUACGGGAAGCAAACUCGGCGUCAUCGGCGGCAACAAGGUCUCCAAAAACAGCGCCUCCUCAGCUCCCGCUUCCCAUCCCCCAAGCAGUAGUACAGCAUCUCGCCCCAACCCCAUCGCAGACGCAGACACCGAAACCGAAGACGAGAACUAUCCCCCAGCCAACAAAGGCCAGACAUCCAAACCGAAGAGCUUCGCGAGAAAGUCUCUCUCACCUGAAGAGCCUAAACACCAACCAAGACUAUCAGAGCCCCGCGCAAGCGAACCUCCCACGGAGCCGGAAACUGAAGAACAGAAGGCCGACAGGAAGCGAGAGGAACUGAAAAGGCAAUUGCAGGCGAAAGCUAAGGCGCCUGCGAAGAAGAAAAGGAAGUUUUGAACUACGAAGCUGUUUGUCUCUCUGGGAUCUUUUUCUCCCUCGUUUUGGUUUUCUCUGGUUGGUUUCAAGUGAGCGAUUUAGCGGGUUGAUAUCUAUCUGGUAUUUAUGAUGAAAAUAGUGGUUUUGUAUUUAUGUGGCAUGCAAUGCCAGCAUUGGGCUUUUGGCAUGUACUGUUUUGCUAGGUUAUAAAUAGCCUCGACUCGUCUG